CGAAGCUGACCAGCCUCUUGCCUUCCGCAGUGAGCCACCUCUAUGGAUUUGGACUGAUGGAUGCUGAAGCCAUGGUGAUGGAGGCAGAGAAGUGGACGACUGUUCCCCGGCAGCACGUGUGUGUGGAGAGCACAGACCGACAAAUCAAGACGAUUCGCCCCAACAGUGCGGUACGCUCCAUCUACAAAGCCUCAGGCUGCUCUGAUAACCCCAGCCGCCAUGUCAACUACCUGGAGCACGUGGUUGUGCGCAUUACCAUCACUCACCCCAGGAGGGGAGACCUGGCCAUCUACUUGACCUCGCCCUCAGGAACCAGGUCCCAGCUUUUGGCCAACAGGCUAUUUGAUCAUUCCAUGGAAGGAUUUAAAAACUGGGAGUUUAUGACCAUUCAUUGCUGGGGAGAACGAGCCGCUGGUGACUGGAUCCUUGAAGUUUACGAUACUCCUUCUCAACUGAGGAACUUCAAGACUCCAGGUAAAUUGAAAGAAUGGUCUUUGGUCCUAUAUGGCACUUCUGUGCAGCCGUACUCACCAACCAAUGAAUUUCCUAAAGUGGAACGUUUCCGCUACAGCCGAGUGGAAGACCCCACAGACGACUAUGGUGCAGAAGAUUAUGCAGGUCCCUGUGACCCCGAAUGCAGUGAGGUUGGCUGUGACGGGCCCGGGCCAGACCACUGCAAUGACUGUUUGCACUACUACUACAAGCUGAAGAAUAACACCAGGGUCUGUGUCUCCAGCUGCCCCCCUGGCCACUACCACGCCGACAAGAAACGAUGCAGGAAGUGCGCCCCCAACUGUGAGUCCUGCUUUGGGAGCCAUGGUGACCAGUGCCUGUCCUGUAAAUACGGAUACUUCCUGAAUGAAGAAACCAGCAGCUGUGUUACUCACUGCCCUGACGGGUCGUACCAGGACACCAAGAAAAAUCUUUGCCGGAAGUGCAGUGAAAACUGCAAGACGUGUACUGAAUUUCAUAACUGUACAGAAUGUAAGGACGGGUUAAGCCUGCAGGGAUCCCGGUGCUCUGUCUCCUGUGAAGAUGGACAAUUCUUCAACGGCCAGGACUGCCAGCCCUGCCAUCGCUUCUGCGCCACUUGUGCUGGGGCAGGAGCUGAUGGCUGCAUUAACUGCACAGAGGGUUACUUCAUGGAAGAUGGCAGGUGCGUGCAGAGCUGUAGCCUCAGCUAUUACUUCGACCACUCUUCAGAGAACGGAUACAAAUCCUGCAAAAAAUGUGAUACCAGUUGCUUGACAUGCAAUGGCCCAGGGUUCAAGAACUGUACAAGCUGCCCCAGUGGGUAUCUCUUAGACUUAGGAAUGUGUCAAAUGGGAGCCAUCUGCAAGGACGCAACGGAAGAGUCCUGGGCCGAAGGAGGUUUCUGUAUGCUUGUGAAAAAGAACAAUCUAUGCCAGCGGAAGGUUCUUCAACAGCUUUGCUGCAAAACAUGUACAUUCCAAGGCUGAGCAGCCAUCUUAGAUUUCUUUGUUCUUGUAGACUUAUAGAUUAUUCCAUAUUAUUAAAAAGAAAAAAAAAGCCAAAAAAAAAAAAAAAAAAAGCAAGCCACCUCUCUUUUUUGCUCUCUUUCUCUCUCUCUCUCUCAAGUUUGUGCAGGGAGAUGGUGAACUGUUUUGUCAGAACUUAAAUGGAAAAAAAAAUAAUAAUGCUACAACAAGCCUACCUUUUAUAACUGGGUGUUUAGUGCUAAACAGCCAGAACCACAGAGACAGUAUUGUACGACCAAAGCAUCUGAUGCCAAAAUUUGACGUUAAAGUAAUGAUUUGAUUUCCUGCCCUGAUUUUGAAGGUCUUUUUUUUUUCCCCCUCUUGCAUUCACUUGGUCGUUUCCCCUUUGAGAUGCCUAAAAAUACCUUUCCAAAACAUCACAAGAGCAUUCAUAGAUCAAAACGAAACAAAGCUCUUGAAUCAGUCAUUUUUCAUGUUUGACUCCACUGUCGGGGGAAAUGACAGAAAACUGGACCUGAGGGCAUUAAGAACAUCCUAGAGAGUUGUGUUCAGUGUCGUUUGUCCUAGUAUUUCCCAGGUAAACAUGGAUACUUCUCCACACAUAAUUUACUCCAUGCAUUAUGUACUGGUUUUUGCCUUUUACUCACACUUGAUAAGUCUGCUCCACUGGUGUCAUCAGAUAGACGUGCUGCUACUGGCUUUUCCAUUGUAGAUUGGGUUACUUUACACACAGCUAGCUGGUCACAUGGGAUUGCUCUGUAUAGUCAAAUUGGUGAUGGACAAUGCGGAGGUACAUAAAAGAGCUGAGACUGACCCAGCUCCCCUGAAACCUAGAGUGUUAACUUUGUAGACCCUGCACAAUCUCUUGGUGCUAACCAUUAUCCCCAUAGAAUUUUUUUAAAGGCCAUCAGAAAUUCCAUUUGUCAUAGUGGGAAGCAUUUUGGAUCUGUUGUAGGUAAUUUCUUCCUGGAGUCAAACGUUUCUAAGAGGUCCUGUAUUUUUUAAGAAAUGGAAUUUAUUUAAAUAAUAUUUAAGCUCGUGUCCAUGUUGGCCGGGCAGUGUUUUUCAAUGGUGCUUAUUAGAAGUUUUUUCGUCUUGUCAUUUUAAGAAAAUAAAACUGGAAAUUGAAUAUGGGUGGCAUGAUUGUACCCUCCUGGUUCUGUUGUUUUCCUGCUCCUCUGUCCCUCUAUAACUAUGUCAUGCAGUCACACGCCUGUCCACUGAAUGUUAUUGAGAUCAUCUGUUUUUUGGAGGUUUUUUUUUUUUUUUCCAGAAAUAUUUUCACUAGUUUUCUAUGACUCCCUAAACAUUUUAUGGAAACUAGCAGACUGAAUUAUGAGAAGACCGUUUUGGAUCAGUGUCCAGAAUUGAGGAAACCUGACAGAUCUUUUUUACAGUUUCUCUGUUUAGGGGAGGGUAGACUGAUAGCAAGUUUCUUCAUUUUUCAUAUCGAAGCUCCAUUGGUGACCUCAUUUGCUUUGGGGGUGGCCAGCCGUCUUGCAGACUUAAUGCUUCUGAGACCCUCAUUUCCAAGAUAGUGCUGGCUGCACGGCUGAGGAGAGGGAUGUUCUCAAUAUAUUAUCCUGGGAAGGAACUGGGGAGUGGAUGCUGAGGUCCCCAUCUCUGCAGCAAGCUAGUAGAAAGCCUGCCUUGAAAAUAUUCCUAGACAUCAAAGUUAACUUCCAGUCCAAGGUGAAUAAUAAGUCAACAAUCACUAACCACUCUCUUCAUGGCGUAGUAAUGAUACUGAGUCACAUACUGAUUCCUAAGUAACCAGGGAAUGUUCCUCUUUAUAACACUGUUGUAGGCCCUUCUGACACAAAGAAAUAAAGUUAAUCUUGGGUUCAGCAUAUAGUUUCACAUUUAAAGGCACAAUCUUUAAAUGGACAAAUGUAAGCACAAGCCUAAAGCAAGGUCAAACAGAUGGCAAAACCAGAUUUGCCUGCAAAGGAAUCCAUUGAACUGAACCAGCCUGUAAUAUCUGAGGCACUAAGGUUACCAUGAUGGGAAAGAUACAAAUGACCUUUGUGUUUAGAGACAAAUAACCAUAACAUGAAAGCCAAACCCACCGGGGUUCACCAGAGUGUGUUCCAUUUCCCACUGACCAUGCAGGUGCACAUCGAGGAAAUACUGGUGUAACUACUAGUGUGUUACUGCCUCAGUUAUCUACAUAACAUUAUUAACUAGAACAUAAUGCUUUCAAAGUUUAAGUUAAUGUUAUAUAUUAUGUAUAAAUAUAUAUAUUCAUAAUGAGAUAUAUGUAACGGAUAGUAAAAAGUUUGGAGACUUAACAAAUGCUCUACCCUUCUAGAGACAAAAGUCCUAUCUUCUGUCUUCUUUUGUCUUUUUAUUUUUAAUUAGUGACCCAUUGUUAAAUCCAGAUCCACUUUUACUGAAAAAUACUGUACAUGUGUAAAAUGUUCAGUUGUUUUUUUGUAAAAUAUAGUAGAAUGGUUGUAAUUGAUACUGGCCAAAAUCAAUGUUAUUCCAUAUUUUAUUUUUUCUAUUAAAUUAACCUAAGUUCCUGUUGA